CUGGUCGGGGAGGAGGAAAAGUGUCAUAUGCUCGUCUGCUAUUUUGUCGACCCACAAACAGAAAGACUUUUUGCAGAUAUUUGUAUCGUAAGGUUUGGUAUUUACAGGCAAUCUCGGCAUAUUUACGCGUUGUCAUUCUUGAAAAAAAAAUCAGCUAUGGGGGAUAAAGUUGUGGAAAGCGGCUAGUCAGCUAACCGGGAGCACAGUGGGGGUAGGCUCAGGCUGCGCUGGGUUGUGGACGGACGGCUAUAAAAACACCACACCCGUCGAGGGGUCUGUGAACGUGCAGAGGUCUUCCUCUGUUUUUUUUUUUUUUGUUUGUUUUGUUCCUCUUUGUUUUGUUUGUUUUGUUUUUUUCGGACCACGCGAGAAGGCGUUUGCUAUAAUCCCACCAUGGAUCUGUUUGACAGCAACAGUGCAGACCGUGCCAACUUGCCGCGAAACAUGAUUGAGAACAGCAUGUUUGAAGAAGAGCCUGAUGUUGUGGAUUUGGCCAAAGACUCUGCUGCGUUCCCAGCGUUUCCUGCUCUUGACCCGGACGAGGUGGCGUAUGAGCCUCGCAGCUCGCGGCUGCUUGUUCGAGGCCUGGGAGAAAAUGACAUGGACGACGAGGAGGAGGACUGUGAGUCUUCAGCACGUCUGCUGGGCAUGUCCUUCAUGAACCGUAGCUCCGCUCACCGAUCCACCUCUUCUCCUUACACCAGACAGGCUCCACCGAGGUCAUGUUCCCGGCCCUCGGCGCGUACCAUGGUUGUCUGCGUGUUGUUCCUGGUGAUUGUGGUAUCUAUGACGAUGGUAUUGAACUUCUUACCCGGUUGCAACUUCACCAGGGCUGGCUGUCGUAAACCAAACAAGACCGCUCCCAUCGAGCCCGUCUACCCUAUAUCCACAAACGGUGAACUUUUUCCAUGGGCACUGCUCCGACUGCCUCGCAGCAUACGUCCUCUCAGCUACGACAUCACCCUCAACCCCGACCUUGGCAGCAUGACCUUCACUGGCCGCACUGUUAUCAACAUGUCUGUGUUUCACAGCACAAAGCGCAUUGUCCUGCACGGUGCUAAUCUCAAUAUUACCAAAGCUACAUUCAAGCUGGGUGAUGGGCAGGCCAGCAACGUGACGGUGCUGGAGUAUAAACCCAACCAACAGAUUGCUGUUAAGUUUUCUCAGGAGCUGAAGACAGGCCAGUACUGUGUUUUGACCCUGGAUUACUCCGCAAGCCUCUCACACACUUACGAUGGCUUCUACAACAGCUCAUACACUGAUAAAGACGGAAAUAAAAGGGUCCUAGCAGCGACGCAGUUUGAGCCGCUGUCAGCCAGGAAGGCUUUCCCAUGUUUUGAUGAGCCAGCUUUCAAAGCUACUUUCCUGAUUAAAAUCAGCAGAAAAUCCAACUACAUAUCUCUUUCCAACAUGCCUAAGGCUAAAUCCACAGUUCUUCCUAAUGGCCUCGUACAGGAUGAGUUUGAAAGGACGAGCGUCAACAUGAGCACCUACCUGGUGGCCUUCGUCGUCGCUGACUUCAGUCCUAUCAGCAAAAACGUUUCAGAAACCCUGGUGUCCGUCUACUCUGUGCCAGAAAAGAAGGAGCACGCUGUCUAUGCUCUGGAGACAGGGUCCAAGCUGCUGGAGUUUUACAAUAACUUCUUUGAAAUUAACUACCCCCUUAAAAAGCUCGACUUGGUAGCCAUCCCAGACUUCCUCGCGGGAGCUAUGGAAAACUGGGGGCUCAUUACUUUUCGAGAGACCACCCUGCUGGUGGGCAACGAAUCCUCUCCUCUGGAUAAGCAAGUAGUUGCCUCCGUGGUAGCGCACGAACUCGCUCAUCAGUGGUUUGGGAACCUGGUAACUAUGAGCUGGUGGAACGAUCUGUGGCUCAACGAAGGAUUUGCCACCUACAUGCAGUACAUGUCGCUGCAGACGGUGUUUCCCCAGCUGGACAUCGGUAAUUUAUUCCUGUCGGUUCGGUUCAGAGCCAUGGACAAAGAUGCACUGAACUCGUCCCAUGCUGUGUCGACAGAGGUUAAUACACCGGAACAAGUGGAGGAGAUGUUUGAUUCUGUUUCCUAUGAAAAGGGUGCAUCCAUUCUCCUGAUGCUGAACGCUUCCCUGCCAGGAGACCAGCAGUUUAGAAAGGGUAUCAUUCAAUACCUAAAACAGUUCAGUGGAUUAAACACAGAAACUGAUGACCUGUGGAACAGCCUUACAGAGGUUGAGUUGUCCACGCAGCACCUGAAUGUGUCGGAGAUGAUGAGCUCAUGGACAUCGCAGAAAGGCUUCCCGUUGGUCACCGUAAGCCGUAAGGGAGAUCAGGUGGAGCUCACGCAGGAGCACUUCCUGCUCACCUCUGACAAAGCCACGCAUAGUUCAAGCUUGUGGAAUAUUCCAGUGACAUACGUGAACGACAGCUGUAGUUUGGCCCCUGAGUGCAGACAACUGUUCACUCUGAAGAACAAGUCAGGUAGUCUUAAAGUGCCAGCAAGUGUGAAGUGGCUGAAGCUGAACUACAGGAACACAGGCUUCUACAUCGUCCACUACGGAGACGAGGGCUGGGCUGCUCUUAUCAGUGCUUUGUCCCAGAAUGUCAGUGUACUCACCCAUGAGGACAGAGCCUCACUUAUACACAACAUCUUUGCUCUUUCCAGGCUGGGACGUGUAUCCUUCCAUCUAGUCCUCAACCUGUUAAACUACAUGUCCAAUGAAACGGAGACUGCCCCUGUGACAGAGGCUCUGCUACAGCUCAACACAAUCUACAGACUGCUCGACAAAAGACAGGAGUCUGCGCUUGUGGCCCGCAUGAAGAACUACAUUCUGAAGGCCUUUGGUUCCCUGAUGAACAAACAAACAUGGGUAGAGGAGGAAAGUGUGUCCAAACAGGAGCUGCGCUCAGCCCUGCUGCGGACGGCCUGUAGUCUGAAAGAAGAAAAUUGCAUUCAGCACGCCCAGUCCUUAUUCAAACAGUAUGCUGAAUCCAAUGGGACCAUACGCAUUCCAGGCGAUCUGCAGGAAGUUGUGUUCACAGUGGCCGCUCAGUCAGAAAGAGACUGGGCAACUUUGUUGAACAUGUACUCGAAGGCCACUUAUGACUCUGAGAAGCGAAAAAUGCUGCGAGGCCUGGCUUCCACUCAGGACACCCAAAGUUUGGUGUGGAUUCUAAAGGCAGGUCUGAAUGGGGACAUCAUCCAGACACCGGAGUUGCCUUUGGUCAUCGCCACUGUGUGUAAUGGUUUUGCUGGGUAUUUGUUUGCCUGGGAUUUUAUACAACAGAACUGGGACAGUCUCAUAGAGAAGUUUCCUGUGGGAUCCUUUGCUAUCCAGACAAUCAUCAAAUCUGCUACCUCUCAGCUCUCCACACAGGCACACCUGCUACAGGUGCAGACUUUCUUCUCCAGUCUGAAGGAGCGCGGUUCUCAGAUGAGGAGCGUACAGGAAGCUUUGGAAACCAUCAGGCUAAACCAGCGCUGGAUGGACCAGAACCUCCCCACUCUCCAGAAGUGGCUGUAACGCAGACAAUCUAUCCAGUCCCCACCCCAAUAACAGGCAGCUGGGGUGAUGCCGUUAAUACAGCAGCAGUGUUUGCACUAUCGUAGGACUGUGUCUCACAACUCCCUUUAUCCAGUGGCAGAGUACUUAUCAGUGGCAGGGGGCUGUGCUCUAGCUGGGUGGACAGGGUGUUUGAUUUUCUCGAGACUGGUCCUGUCAGUUGUACUUGAUAGCUCAGGGUGGCUCUGAUUGCGUGUGUGACUGGGCGUUGUUAGAUACAUGACACACUCCUCAUGUUUUAUGCUGUUCGACCAAACCUCCUCUGCACUUCUCAUCUAAACCUCAUGCCUGAGUAGACAAUCAUGCUUCACCUGCACUCCUUUAGCCCAGACGGAUCUCAGGCACCUAAAUGUUGGAGUUGUAAAGUGGCCACUUGGAAAGUCAAAAGUGUGAUGAAUGUCAAUGUUACUGUCUAUAUGAGUAUUGACAAGUUAAUGUAAAGAUGCGUCUGUCAGGGAUUCCUCAGCAAUGAUAAUUUAUCGAAACCAUAAAUGAUGCCUACAUGAGAUGUGAAAUUAUUCUCGGUGUUAAACUAAAACCUUAAGUCGCUGUUAAGAAAAUACCAGUGUAAAAGCUGCAGUUGCCUGUCAGUGUCAACUAAUUAUUCACACAACUUGAAGCAUUCGCUUUAUUAGCCAUGGUCGGGUCAGUAGGUCGGUUGAUUGGUUGGUUGGUUGAUUGAUAGCUAAAAAUACCAAACUUGCUUUGGCGUCAGUUGAAUGUACUGAAAAAAAACCUUCUCACUGUGUACAGUUGAUGAUGUACAGAACAACAGUGCAGGUUUAAAAUCAACAACCGAUGUGUCUUAGGCGAGAGCGGGAAGUGCACACUGGAGCCAGAUGUUUCAGCCAUAAGCUCGGUUUUAAGUUUAAUUUUUGAUGGCUUUUCUCGGUGCAGUGCAGCCACUGUACAAACUCCCUCUUUAAAGGAUAAUUCUGGUCUUUUUAAAGCCCACAUCGUUUUGUGUCUAAAUGAUUGAUUCGGCGGAGGAAAACAAAUGUUCACAAUCAAUCUAAUAUUCAGUGAAAAUGCUUUGACUGGCGAAUGAAACGGCUACAGUGUAAUCAAGCAGGGCGUUGUCUACAGUGCAUUGAGAGUGCUUGUUUUUAUUUAUAGAAAUCGUUUUUUUAAUCUUUUAGAUAACAGUCCGACUCCAACCAAAUCUAACAUUCAUGAACUCCUCCCAAGACGUGUCUUUCUGACCUUCACUCGUGUUUACGCUGUUGUCUUUCUACGCCAACUCACCUCAGACGAGAUUAGAUGAGAUUUUCUUUGAGCAAAACUCCGGUAAAUGUUAGACCCAUCUCUGAUUACGCAGGAACCAUUAACAUAGUGUUUCUAAACUAAAAUAAUGACGCAAGCCUGUCAGUCUUGACAACAAGCACUUUGAUAGAAGAGGCCCUCUUUGAUUAGGCUCUUGCCCGUGUUAACAUUCACACUUAAUGUCGGACCAAUUCCAAUCAUUUACGUCACUAUUAUUCACUUAGAUCCAAAACGAUGCGUAAAUGUGGCCCUAGAUUUUAAAAUACUGGAAUGAUCCUAAAACUCCAUGUGCUUGUAAACUUGUAAUUAUAAUGUAAAUAUGCUCAACCCCACAACCUUUAUCCCUGCGAUUUUGGAUGUACUGUUUGAAACAGCUUGACUUUUAACACUUUAAUAUUUGCUUUCUGUUGUGUGUGUGUAUAUAGAAUGUAAAAAGGACACGUAGAUGUAUGCAUAGAAAUCAUCAAGACUUUUUACUAUACUUCCCGAUUCAGACAACCACAAGGAGGCCAUUUGCAAAUGAAUGCUGUGUUUUAAGGGCUAAUAUGCAAAGUGAAGAUACAAAGUGUAUAGAAGAAGGUCUGUAUGAUCUGUCCAGUAAGCUGUUGCUUAUCAGCCAAAAGAAGUAAGUAUAGACAGGACAAGUCCGGUGUUACUCUGCUGGUUUUCUCCUGAGAACGAGGAGUAGCUUAGCUAUUUAUGGAGCAUCUUUACAUGCUCCACUACAUUUGCACCAGUGUAAUUUAAAUACAUUUAGACGCUUCCUGGGCUUUAUUUAAAGUGGUACUUUUUCAGUCCGUUGUUGGUCGCAAUCCUUAGAGGCUGAGUAAUGCCAUCAGAUGUUGUAUUUUAUCUGUGUUACCUUCAUUAUGUUUGCAUCACAUGUUUUUGGUUGUCUUGUUCUCGUUGAAGCUUUUAUUUUGUCUCAUUCAUUUAAAUUUAGUACCACUGAAUGUAGCACAAGCUCUCUGUAUUGGUCAGAGUCGCCCUGUGCAUAGGUGGGAACUCCACUCCAAGUGCUUAUCUCUGCACUAGUGACUCUUUGUGGUUGGUUGGGGUGGCUACACAGAUCAGGGAAUACUGAACGAAUGUGGGCACAUGUUAUGGUUUGAAGAUGAUGUAAAAAAGGAAAAGAAUGAGUACACUCCAGAGAGACGAGGAAAAUUAGAAAGAGUUAAGUCGUAGUAGUAGUAAGAAGUAAUUCAGACGUCAUCAACAGAAUCAACAGCCCCUUGACUCAUUCCAUCCUGUCCGUCAUAGUUUCAGUGGGAUUAUGUGUUCAACUAGCAUUUACUGUGUACUGUUCUUUGUUUUUUCUUUUCUUUUUCAUUGCACCGGCUAUGUGAUGUAAUGAGAAAACUGAAGUAAAUCACCACAUGUGCAGCAAACCCGGUCAGAUUGUGUUUGGUUUUGGGACAAAAAUGCUGUAGAUGCUUCUGAAGUUUUGUUGCUCUUCACAUGAACAAAAAUAUAAAUAAUUGUUGUUUUCUCAAAA